GGGUCCUAGGGAGGGACAGCCACGUGAUCCGCAUCCCACAUGACACAGAAAGAAACUGGUGGGAGCGGGCGGCCCUGCGUAGCGUCAUUUUUUAUUCCGUCAAAGAAGAGGGGUAGAAUAACCCUAUCCCUCACGCUCAAACUAGAUUUACAAAGCUACAGAUGUGAAUAUACUCCGUGGUUUCCAGUAUGAUUGGCACCUCCACAGAGGUGCCUUCACUUGGAAUUACAGGGAAAGGAUGAGAUCGGCGCCUCUGGGAUUAUGCUCUGGAGCAGCCUGAGUAAAAGACGUGGCCAUGUUUGCCCAGAGCAUGGAUAACAGCAGCAGUCCUUUGGUUCUCCCUACCUUAUUGCUCCUGCUGCAGAACAAGAGCUACCCAGAAAUCUCCAGCCCUCCUGCUGGCUACGAGAAGACAGAGUCAUCCACAGGACCUGGCUCAAGCAGGAACCACACUCUCUUGCAGUAUCAUCUGAGGCCGGGGGAAAUUGCAGCAACCAGCAUGGUUUGGGGAGCGUUGUGGCUGGUUUCCAUCUUUGGAAACUCCCUCGUCUGCGUAGUGAUUCAGAGAAGCAGAAAGACACAAUCCACCACCAACUAUUUUGUUGUGUCCAUGGCUUGCGCAGACCUUCUCAUCAGUGUUGCAAGUGCACCCUUCCUGCUGCUCCAGUUUACCUAUGGCAGGUGGACACUGGGGAGCGUAAUGUGCAAGCUGAUACGCUACAUGCAGCACCUCACCCCUGGUGUCCAGAUAUAUGUGCUCCUCUCAAUAGCCGUGGAUAGAUUUUACACUAUUGUCUACCCCUUGAGCUUCAAAGUGUCAAGGGAGAAAGCCAAGAACAUGAUUCUGGCCUCUUGGCUAGUUGGCACUGUAUUUGCAUCACCAGCUCUUUUUUUCUAUGGCUCCAACAGCAACAACCACUGCAACUUUUUCCUCCCUGAUUCUUGGGAAGGAGCCACCUACGGUAUUGUCCACCUCCUGUGGGUGUUUUUGAUCCCAUGCAUCUUCAUUAUCCUCUUCUACCAGAAGGUCAUCAGGUACAUUUGGAGAAUAGGCACUGACGGCAGGACUGUCAGGAGGACAAUGAAUAUCGUCCCAAGGACAAAAGUGAAAACCAUCAAGAUGUUCUUAAUGUUAAACUCUCUCUUUCUCCUGGCCUGGCUCCCUUUUUACGUGGUACAGCUGUGGCACCCACAGGAAGCAGACUACAGAAAGAGCUCCUUGGUUUUCCUGAUCAUUACGUGCAUCUCUUUCAGUGCUUCAGCUACUAAGCCAAGCCUCUACUCCCUCUAUAAUGCAAACUUCAGAAGAGGGAUGAAAGAAACUUUUUGCAUGUCUGCCAUGAAAUGCUACAGAAGCAAUGCAUACACCAUCACCACCAGUUCCAGGAUAGCCAAAAAAAAUUAUGUUGGCAUCGCGGAAAUCCCAGCCCCAGUCAAAACUGUCACCAAAGACUCCAUCUAUGAUGCUUUUAACAGGGAGGCAAAGGAAAAAAAGCUUGCUUGGCCUAUUCAGUCCAAUCCUCCAAAUACAUUUGUCUAGUUGGCUUCAUUGCUUGAAAAAUUACUGUUGCCCCAGAACAAGGAGCUUUCUUUCAGUUUUGAACCAAUUUGUAUUUACGUAUUUUUAACACUACUUUUAUGGAAUAAGAGAAAAAAAUGGUUUAUUUUAUUAAAUGUCUUGAUUUUCAUAUAUCUGGUGUAUUUUAUUUCAGUUACAUUGUGCUUUUGUAGUACCUUCUACUACUCUCGCUAAAGCAAGCCUGGUACUUUCUAAAAAAUAACCAGAAAAGCUCUUUUGCUCUCUGUGUGUAGAGGAAAAAAAGGAAAGAUAAACCAAUGUUUUGCUGAAUCUAUGUCCAUUGGCCAUGGUGUAUACAUGCAUAAAAUCUCCCAAAGCCAUCUGUACUUCCUGCCACGGACAGCCUUUGUUGGGUUGGUUUUUUUUUUUUUGUAAUACACUUGUCAGCUCCAUUAAUAAGAACGGGAUUGAGUCUGUGUGUGGAAUAUGGAUCUAUUUUCUUAACUUCUGUAGUAUUGCCUAGAAUUACAUUAGCACGACAUCAGAAAACAUGUAACUAUUUAUUCCCCAAAUGAGGUCAGCGCUAGCAGUCCCAUUGGUGAAUUCCCCUCAUUUUCUCUGCUGGAUCAGUGUGCUUCCGUGAGCCGCAGCCAUAGAAGGUCCAGCCCAGGCUGCUGCACUGUGAGUAAAGUGAAGGUUGGCUUUCUUAGAACACCUUUCCAUGUCAGGAAAUGGGGACAUGGAAUUGGCAGUACCUCAUGUACGAAGAUACAGAAUUUCUAGUGACUUUCAUUUCAGACCCAUAUAGAGCCCUGCUUACGCUGAUCUUUUCACACUUGUAAUGCUGUUAGAAGCAUUACUCAUCAUGCAAAAGUUUAAGUCUCUGCUAUCAAAACCAGACUUGCCCAUAAAGAAAAAGACGGUGUGGGCCAUAGACACUGAGAUCCUUAGUAAUAAAUCAAGGCAUGACUCUGAUCUCAGUUCCACCUAGGAACAGUAGUGUUGAAUACAGAUCCUAUAGCAGAAAACGUAAUCAGUUCUGCUCCAUUAAAAAGAAAAAUUACUCAGGCA